UGUGUUGCUAACGAGUUUUGACGUUUUGCUUUUAACCUGUCAAACUUUAGUUAGUCAGCUCCAAAAGUUGCACGUUUCACCAACAAAAGCGAUGUUAGUUAACGUGUUUUUGCUGCGGAGGAAAUAUCUGAAGUGGAAAACGUCUUCAAGGUUGAGGAGACUGCUGAGUUUGGUCAAAAUGAGACGCCUGCACCACCCAGUCCCCAUGAUUGACCAUCCUGGAGCAGCGGGCUGCUGUAUAGCGCCUGGGGAGCAACUUGGGGUUCAGUGUCUCGCCCAAGGACGACACGCAGACUGUAGGAAUUGGGGAUCGCAACGCCGGUUAAAGGACGACCCGCUCUACCAACUGAGCUACAGCCGCCCUUUGAAAGCAGCAGACAGCGCCCGUGGAUCGUAACCCAGCUCUACUCUGCAGACUGACGAGCGGGCUGUGAGUCAUCAGAAGUAACCAGCUAAACCUCUGGUUUAUUAAGUGGGCCAGUUGCCAUAGCGACGCUUUGGCAGGAUAUUGCCAGGAUAAGCCGUAAUGGGUCUCCUGACGCAGUUCACUCUGCUCCUGUGGAAGAACUUCACUCUCCGGAAGAGACAAAAGGUGCGGCUGGUCGUUGAAGUGAUAUGGCCUCUGUUCCUCUUCUUCAUAUUGGUGUGGGUGCGGUCCACCAAUAAGCCAAUUUUCAAAGGCCAAUGCCACUACCCAAAUAAAGCCAUGCCAUCGGCUGGCGUGCUGCCCUGGCUUCAAGGUAUGAUGUGUAACAUCAACAAUCCCUGUUUGAACUAUCCAACGCCGGGGGAGACGCCAGGCCAAGUCAACAACUUCAACAACUCCAUAAUUGCUGGGGUGUUGAUAGAGCUGCAAGCCGUCCUGGUGAACAGAUCUAUUCUCAGCAAGGCAAAGUUGCUGGCAGAUGACCUCGACCAGUGGGAUUCAGUCCUGUCACAGUCUAACCCUGGCAGUGCUCAACCAGUGAUCCUGAGGAGUAUUCUAAGAGACGACGAAACUUUCUCCACUCAUCUGAAAGAGAAUCUGUCGGUGCCACCAGCAGUGGUCCAAAGCCUCAUGAAUGCUGAGAUUAAACUCAAUCCAAUGAUGGGCACUCCGAGGCCAGGCAACCUGAAGAGCAUCCUGUGUGAGGGGACAGAUCUGGACGAGUACAUCCAAUUUAGCAGCCAAGCUGAAAAGGAGGCUUUUCAAAAUGUCAGCUGCUCCCGCGAUCCACAGCAGCUGAUUAACGCCCAGCAAGUAUUCCUGCAAAACCUGGAUGUGAGGAAAGUGUUUUCUGAGGUACCUUCAGCUUUGGAUCUGAAUGGAACAGACACAGCCACACUGCUGGGGAAAACCACUCAAAAUGCGUUACCAGUGAUUGAGGAGAUGGCCAGGUUGCAGAGCUCCAUGGUCUUUAAGGCUGCUAGUUCGUUGGACUUCCAAAAGAACAUGUUUGGUAGUAUCAAUAUGCUACUGUGUGGAGAGCAGCCUGACAUCAGUUUGCGCUCACGUAGACAGAUGGAUAACAACACGUCAUUCUUCAUUAUGGGCAACAGUUCCGAUGCUUUUUGUCAGACCCUUGUCGACACCCUGGAGGGCACACCUGGUCUGCGCUACAUUUGGAGCACCUUCAAGCCGUUAUUGCAAGGGAAAGUCCUCUACACACCUGAUACACCCGCUGUUCGCCUCAUUUUGAAAGAGGCAAAUAGCACAUUCAAUGCCUUGGCUAUGCUUAAAGAGCUCGCCGAUUCGUGGGACGAACUCUGGCCACGUGUCUGGGACUUCCUUCAAAAUAGCCGUCAAGUCAGAUCAUUACGGAUUUUGCUGGCGAAUCCGGUGUUUGCCGCUACCCUCAACCAGGGUCUCAACGGCACAGAAUGGUCAGCCGAGCUGCUGGCCAACUUCUUGUAUAACGGGCCCCCGGAGGAUCGUCCACCGGGCAUGCCGCCUAACGACUGGAGAGAUGCUUACAACGCCACUACUGACAUCCUGAAGCUUCUCUCCAACUUCCUUGGCUGUUUAGACCUGAAUAAGUUUGAGGCGGCCCCCACCGAAAGCCAUCUGGUGAGCAGAGCACAGGAGCUUCUGAAGAAUGAUACGUACUGGGCUGGUGUCAUAUUUGAAAACCUCCAGCCAAACUCCAGCCACCCCACUCCGUAUGUUAAAUACAAGAUUCGCAUGGACAUCGAUGAGGCAGAGCGUACCAACAAAGUGAAAGAAAGGUUAUGGUCUCCCGGGGCUCGAGACAACUCCUUUAACGACCUGCGCUAUAUAUGGGGAGGCUUCGCCUACCUGCAGGAUAUGAUGGACCAUGGCAUUAUACGAGUGCAGACGUCAAAGACUCAACCCCUCGGUGUUUUUGCCCAGCAAAUGCCAUACCCUUGCUUCGUGGAUGACGUGUUCCUCCGGUCUCUGGCACGCUCCCUCCCCUUAUACAUGACUUUAGCCUGGAUCUACUCGGUGGCCAUGAUCGUUAAGGGCAUCGUGUCAGAGAAAGAGGCGAGGCUUAAGGAGACCGUGAGGAUCAUGGGCCUAAGAGGGCCCAUCUAUUGGCUGAGCUGGGCGGUGUCCAGUCUGCUGCCGCUGGCUCUCAGCGCAAUCCUCCUUGCUCUUAUUCUGAAGUAUGGCAAAGUGCUGCAGUACAGCGACCCCUCGGUAAUCUUUGUCUUCCUGCUGGUGUUCUGCCUGGCCACCAUCACUCAGUGCUUCUUCAUUAGCGUCUUCUUCUCUAAGGCCAACUUAGCAGCGGCGUGCGGCGGCCUCAUCUACUUUGUCCUCUACCUGCCGCACAUCCUCUGCUACGCCUGGAGGGACGUCAUGGGUUUCCAGGCCAAGGUUGUUGUGAGUUUAUUGUCAUGUGUGGCCUUCGGCUAUGGCUGCGAGAACUUUGCCAAGUACGAGGAGCAAGGCGUCGGUAUUCAGUGGUACAACAUCAACAAGAGUCCAGAAGAGGGAGACCGCUACACCUUCAUCGUGUCCAUCAUCAUGAUGCUCUUUGAUGCUGCUUUUUACUGGAUACUCACCUGGUACAUUGAGAAUGUCUUUCCAGGCCAGUAUGGAAUCCCUAAGCCGUGGUACUUCCCUUUCACUAAAUCUUACUGGUGUGGGAAAGCCUCAGUGACUGACGUUGACCCCAGCUUGCUGAAGGAUUCCACUGUACAUAACGAGUAUCUGGAGAAACCACCGCCGGAUAUGAAAGCAGGGGUCUCAAUCCGCAACCUUGUUAAAAUCUACAAGAAUGGAAAGAAGCUUGCUGUGGACGGACUGAGCAUGGACUUCUACGAGAAUCAGAUCACAUCUUUUCUUGGCCACAACGGUGCCGGAAAAACGACCACAAUGUCGAUUCUGACAGGACUGUUCCCACCUACAUCAGGAACAGCUCUCAUCAACGGAUAUGACAUCCUCACUAACAUGGACAGCAUUCGGAAGUACUUGGGGAUGUGCCCACAGCACAACGUCUUAUUCAAUGAUCUGACAGUGGAGGAGCAUAUCUACUUCUACGCCAGGCUGAAAGGACGCAGCCGCGACGAGGUGAAAAAUGAGAUGGACCAGAUGAUUGAGGAUGUUGGUUUGCCACAUAAGCGGAAGGCUCUUGCUAAGAACUUGUCAGGUGGGAUGCAGAGGAAGCUGUCUGUGGCUAUAGCAUUUGUUGGCGGCUCAAAAAUCGUCAUCUUAGAUGAACCCACAGCAGGAGUGGACCCCUAUGCCCGCAGGGGUAUCUGGGAACUGCUGCUGAAAUACAAACAAGGUCGCACCAUCAUUUUGUCUACGCACCACAUGGACGAGGCAGACAUCCUAGGCGAUCGCAUCGCCAUCAUCUCCCACGGCAAGAUGCGCUGCUUUGGCUCCUCGCUCUUCCUAAAGAAACGUUUCGGCAGCGGCUACUACCUCACUCUGGUCCGAGACGGGUCUGAAAAGAUGACAGCUCAGCGUAAUGGCAUCAUACACAGACAGGCCAAAGAGGAGGAAGGCUGUCCUUCGAGGUGCAACAGCCUGGAUGGUGGCAUCGGCAGCCAAAGCUGGGACAACUUGGAUCCCUCAGAUUUGACAGCUGUGGGUCAAGUUGUGCGGCGCCACAUCCCUGAGGCAGUCUUCUUGGAGAGCAUCGGUCAGGAGAUCACCUACAUACUGCCUUAUGGUGGAGCCAAAGAUGGGACCUUUGCCCUGCUGUUCCAAGAGCUUGACCUGACCAUGGCUGACCUUGGCCUGACUGGCUACGGCAUCUCUGACACCACGCUGGAGGAGAUAUUUCUCAAAGUGGCAGAAGAGACCGGAGUGGAUGCAGAAAUACCAACAACAAAGGAGCUGUUGGAGAGAGACUGCAAACGAGGCUCCCGCACAUCCAAGCGGAACAGCAUCGCCAGCGUCCACACGAAAACAGAGCAAGUCUCUGGAAUGACUGUUUCUCAUGCAGAAUUAAAGGAAAAGUUCACAAGUAAAGUGGAAGACUUAAAGAGGAACGCCAGUGUCAGCGGGAAGGGAUCCACGGUCAUCACGGGAUGGGAGCUGAUCAGGAGGCAGUUCCUGGCGCUUUUUAUCAAGCGCUUCCACCACGCCCGAAGGAGCCGCAAGGGACUCAUUGCCCAGGUGGUCUUGCCUGCUGUGUUUGUGUGCCUGUCUCUGAUCUUCUCGCUCAUCGUGCCACCAUUCGCUGAAUAUCCGAGUCUGGAGCUGCAACCCUGGAUGUAUGAUCUGCCUCAAACCACCUUUUACAGCAAUGAUAUGCCAGGUAAUGCAGAGGUGUCAAGGGUGGUGGAGACCUUGGUGAACAAGCCUGGCUUCGGGACUCGCUGCAUGGACGGAGACCCAAUACCGAAGUUGCCAUGUUCUACCAGUGGCUCCGAUUGGUUCACUCCAUCCGUGGAUCAGUCCGUCACUGACAUCUUCCUCAACGGGAACUGGAGCAUGUCUAACCCCUCCCCCUCCUGUCGGUGCAGCACGCCGAAGCGGACGAUCAUGUUACCGGACUGUCCGCCUGGUGCAGGGGGGCUCCCUCCACCUCAGAGGAUCCAGAACACAACCGACACAUUGUUGGAUUUAACGGGACGGAACGUGACGGACUUUUUGGUCAAGACUUUUGAACACUCGGGUAAAACAAGGUACGGAGGCAUCUCCGUCGGAGCGGUCAACUCCCAGGUCCGUCUGACCGAGGCAGCGAUCGAAGCUGCAUUCAGGGAUCUAAAAGACCUAUUCAGUUCAUCUCAGGAUAAUGUGACUGAUCAGAUCUUCCAGAAUGCUGAGACGCUGCUGAAGAAGCUGGGAACCAGGGACAACGUAAAGGUGUGGUUCUACAACCAGGCAUGGCACGGCAUGGCGUCCUUCCUCAGUGUGGCCAACAACGCCAUCCUGAGAGGAAAUCUGCCAGCAGGACAGGACCCCCGCCGGUAUGGCGUCUCCGUGUCCAAUCACCCGCUCAACCUCACCAAAGCGCAGCUCUCCUACGUGGCCAUGGCCACAACCUCAACUGACGUGGUGGUGUCCAUCUGCGUUAUCUUUGCCAUGUCCUUCAUCCCUGCCAGCUUUGUCCUCUUCCUCAUCCAAGAGAGGGUGAACAAAGCCAAGCAUCUGCAAUUUGUCAGCGGAGUAAACCCAGCUGUCUACUGGUUGGCCAAUUUUGCCUGGGACAUGUGUAACUACUUCAUCCCAUGCUUGAUUGUGAUCGUGAUCUUCCUCUGCUUCCAACAAAAAGCCUACGUUUCACCUCCUAACCUGCCUGCUUUGAUUCUGCUGCUUCUUUUGUAUGGGUGGUCCAUCACCCCCAUGAUGUACCCCGCCUCCUUCAUCUUCAGCGUGCCCAGCACAGCCUACGUGGUGCUGACCUGCAUCAACCUCUUCAUUGGUAUUAACGGCAGCAUAGCGACCUUUGUCAUGGAGCUCUUUGAUGAUGAUAACAUCUCCCGCAUCAACGACAUAGUGAAGCAGGUGCUGCUGAUAUUCCCACAUUUCUGUCUGGGCAGAGGGCUAAUUGACAUGGCCAAGAACCAGGCAAUGGCCACCCUCUUCAGCAGUUUUGGGGAAGACCGUUUCCAGGACCCGCUCAGCUGGGACAUUGUGGGAAAGAACCUUUGCGCCAUGUCCAUCCAGGGAGUUGUCAUGUUUACCGUCACCAUCCUCAUCCAGUAUAAGUUCUUCUGCAAACCAAGGCUUAUUUCAGGGAAGUCAUUAUCUGCAGAGGAAGAGGAUAUCGAUGUUGCUCGGGAACGCGAGCGGGUGUACGAAGGCAAAGCCCAGAACGACCUUCUGAGGAUCAGCGACCUCACUAAGGUAUACUCUCGGAAGAGCACCCCUGCUGUGGACAGGCUAUGUGUGGGAGUACCUGCCGCAGAGUGCUUCGGCUUGCUGGGAAUCAACGGGGCUGGGAAAACCACCACGUUCAAGAUGCUGACAGGAGACAUCCCAGUCUCCGGUGGAGAGGCCUUCCUAAAUGGAUACAGCAUACGAACAGAAAUGAGGGACGUGCACCAGAACAUGGGCUACUGUCCCCAGUUCGACGCUAUUGAUGACCUGCUGACGGGACGAGAGCAUCUGGAGUUUUACGCCAGGUUACGAGGGGUGCCAGAAAAAGAGGUCACCAUGGUGGCCGAGUGGGGGAUCCAGAAACUGGGGCUGGUCAAAUAUUCCAGCAAGUCAGCAGGAACCUACAGCGGUGGGAACAAACGCAAACUGUCUACAGCGAUGGCCCUGAUCGGUUGUCCUCCAGUGAUUUUCCUGGAUGAGCCGACCACUGGGAUGGACCCCAAAGCCCGGCGCUUCCUGUGGGACUGCAUCCUGAGUGUCAUCAAAGAGGGACGCUCAGUCAUCCUCACAUCACACAGUAUGGAGGAGUGCGAAGCACUGUGCACACGCAUGGCCAUCAUGGUCAAUGGUCGCUUCAAGUGCCUCGGGAGCAUCCAGCAUCUGAAGAGCAGAUUUGGUGAUGGCUACACAGUGAUUGUGAGGGUCGGUGGCUCUCCUCCUGCAUUGAAGCCAGUCGAGGACUUCGUCCAGCAGUCCUUUCCGGGCAGCGUCCUGAAGGAGAAGCAUCACAACACACUGCAGUAUCAGUUCCUGUACGUACAGGGAGCCUUGGCCAGCAUCUUCAGCCAGUUCGCCAUCCAUCAGCAGAGGCUGGGUGUGGAAGACUACUCUGUGUCCCAGACUACACUUGAUCAGGUCUUUGUGAACUUUGCGAGGCACCAGCACACGGAGGAUGACUCUCAGGCCCACGACAACGCAGUGGACACUUCAGACGAGCUGCCAUUGGAGUCUUUGAAGACCUCCCAAGAAGCGGAGCAGGUGUAACGCACUUUACGACACACUGCACUUACAGUGAGAGAGCAGUAAACCGUAACCGAGUUGGAAUGGGUGGGAUUUGCACCGGCAGAAUGAUUGGCUCAAACUUUUUGAACAGACUUGUUCGGGUCUCCUAGCACACCAAUGCCUGGUUUGUGUCAAUAAUGACAUGUCAUUAUUUUUUUGUUGUCCUCCAUAGCCAUUUCUACCCAAGCUCAACCAUCUCUAACAUAACUAAUCUUAAAUCUUCAGUGACAGUGAGGGUACACUGCAAAAAUAAGCUUAUCAAAUUGUCUCUGUCUGUAAUCAAAUCCUAAAAAAACAUGACCAGUGUGUAACAUUUAGGGGUUCUAUUGGCGGAAAUUAAAUAUAAUAUUAAUAGUUAUGUUUUCUUUAGUGUAUAUUCACCCGAAAAUAAGAAUCAUUGUGUUUUUUCUACCUUAGAAUGAGCCGUUUAUAUCUACAUAGGGAGCGGGUCCACUUCACGAAGCCGGCCACCAUGUGUCAACAGUAGCUCAGAACGGACAAACCAAACACUGUGUUAACUGUUCCUGCUUGGGCCGGCGUCGAUAACGUUACUCGCUCCGGAAUUAAGUCACUCCUCCUCUCAGCCGCUGGGAAACCUCUGUUGGUCUUGAGGAGCUGCAUCAUUUAUUUCUGCACAAACUGCUCACUUGUUCGCUCACACACAUUUGCCAUCGCUCUCUCUCUCUUGCUUCAUCACUCAAUUCCAACAUUCACCCUAACUGGCUCUGCUAUUCUCCAAAUGACCUACGCUACUCUUACAACAACUGGCUCUAGAGAGGGCCAUUCUCGUUUUCACUUUCGGCCACCGUAGUUCUCCUACACGCUUGGCACACGGGAGAGGUUUCAAUUCGUUGCAAUCCUGAACAUCACAGACAGAUGCCACCAGAUGUUACACACUGUACCUUUAAAACAAGUAAGAAUAUUUCAACUAGAAUCAGGACAAAUCAAACUGUCUUGAAAAAAGGCUGAAACAUUCUUACUGCAUUGGCAUAUUUUUUCAGUAAACAUUAAGGACUAAAUUACAGACAGAAAUGAGUUGAUAACAAGGAGAUCUUCGUGUACAACCAUGUGGUUGAAGCCAUUUUGGCAUGUCAUUGCAGGGUAAACACAGGUGUAAUUGAUAAAAUGAAUUAUGGUCCCGUUCUAUUUAGUAUCACAGCCAUUCCAGUGAGCCAGCACGCACAACACCAUGGCGCUAGCCCACCUAACUGGAACAGGGCCAUAAUUAAUGUUAUUAAUUAGACCUGUGUUCACCCUGCUAUGCUGUGAAAAGGAACUAUACUGUAUUUCACGAAGGUUCAACAACUGACGCCAAUGACAACGCCAGUUUGAUUUUGUUUGGAUUAUAUCGCUGACCUAAGCAUAACGUAGGAGAGUGUAAAGACCAAAUGAUCCUCUGAAAGCAUCGUACGUUGCACUGAAUUAGGAUACAUCAGGACUGAACUUCAAAUUUCGUUAUAUUUGAGAUUUGUUUACAUUUGCUGUUGGUUAUAAUGGUGAUAUGUUGCUCUGUAAAAACUGUAUAAAAGAGAGAAGCGUGCCCUGAUGUGUUAAGGUGGGUGUGAUCAGGUCAGAUAUUGGGCUCACUACUGCAAAAAUCACUUAUGUUGAUAUUUACAGACAUAUCAAUGACUAUUAUAAGAAUAGUCGGUCCCAAAAACACAUUAAACCACAGUUAUUUCCUACCUCACAUUGUGAUUCGCUGACAGGCACUUUAAUGAGGGGCAUUGAUAAGGAAUGAAUAAUAACAACUCUGUCAGAUGUGCAGGCUUUGAAUGAAUCAGCUGUAGCUGGUGUUUAAUGAAAGACAUCGAGGCUACAGCCGUGGGACAAUGCAGAGUCAGUCAGAGUCAACCAGCUGUCAAACAUGUUGGGUCUGCAAGGAAGACAACACAUCCCAUGAGUGCACCAGCCACAGCUUACAGACAGCUUCUAUUCAGAGUCUUUGUGAAUGUAACUGGACAUUUCUCUGAGAAUAUCUAAUGAAUGUAUGAGCAACAGCAGAUUUAUAUUUUAUGAGAUUUUUUAUGCAUUUUCUGGUGAAAUCUAUUUAAUUUAUCACUUCUUCUUCGCAGAAUCUAAAUGAACUGAGAGUUUUUUGUCAUAGGGCAUGCAGGUGUUGGCCCCGGUGUUAUAAUCUAUGACCACCAGAGACCCGGGUCAAUAUCACAGAAUAUAGCACUCGCUUCCUGCACAGAGCUCUGCAGUUACAAUGAAUACACUUUGUCACAACGUGCCUUUUAAACAACCAGGUUUGGAAACCCGUUGACCAUCAAUGGGUCCUAGAUAACAGCGUGCCUUAUUUACAAUGUUAAGAUGUGUAAACUAUGUUAUAUUAUGCAAGUAUAUAGACUAUUUUAUUAUAACUGUUUGUGAUUGAUUGCUAAGCCGCCCUCUUAAAGUUCCCAUAAAAUCAAAAUAGAUGUUAAAGUGUUUUUUAUCACAUAUAUAUCGCCCUGGUCGUCACAAUUACAAGAAUGUUAUUUUGUAGAUAUUCUGGUAUUUUGGAGUUAGUCAUUUCCUGGAAAACAAUUAAAAAAUGUUGAUGCCUGCAUUCGAGGGUGUAUCCUAAUUUUGCGUCCAAUCAUGAAUGGAUAAUAAUAUAUUGGUAUCCAUCAGUUCAUAUCAAAAUGAGCCUGUGUCUCUUUGGAUCUCGGCUCACAUAUGUACGGCCUCACUCCAAAAAACUACUUCUUCGUGGUCGUCUUCUUCCUCCAUUUCAUCCCUGUCCAAUUCGUCUGUAAAAUCCACCCCCAUAGGCGAUUGUGGCGUCGAGAAGACUCCAUGUUGAGCUGUCGAUCGAAAAGUUGGCGAGGGGGCGUAAUGCACAUUGAGCGCUAUUGGCUACUGUAAACGCCAAUCAAUAUACGCUACAAGUCCCUCCCUAGCUUUCAGGAAUGCUUUUACAGGAAACACGUAAAUAUGCGGUUUCAUGGGAACUUUAAGUUACUGCUGCUACUCUUAUCAAGUUUACCAUUUAGAUAUAUAUAUAUAUAUAUAUAUAUAUAUAUAUAGUUUACAGUAACGUUUGCAAAUGUACCAACAAAACAAAACAUGUUUUUAAACUGGCCUUUCUGUCAUUCAUUUUUGAGUUAAAUUACACAACAAAGCUGUAAUAUGUACAUAUUGUAUUGCAAAUUUUGGACAAACAAAAUCUAAAAGUGUAAAAUGGUCUAUACUCAGGAAUGUUUCAUGUGCAAUCUUGACUCAGGAACUCAAAAUCUACAUGUAAAUGUGAAGAAUUAUUCAUAGCGAGAUGCUUUUCAACACUCCAUUCUGCACUGUACAACACUGAGAGAUUGUAAGUGUCCUAACGAUGAUUAAAAAACCUGAAAGCUC